GGUGCCCCGCCCCUCCGAGGGAGGACUGCCGUUGUCAGAGCGUUUACGGCCGUGCUGCCGCAAAGCGCUGGAGCGCGGCGGCCGAGCAACUUGUUUUCCGGAUUCCGGGGCUGCAGGUGGUGAAGUAUGUGUAAGAGUGGAUUAAUUCCAUGUUAAAUGAAAAUGGCUAAUUCUUUGCGAGGAGAAGUACUGGCUCUUUACAAAAAUCUGCUGUAUCUUGGACGGGACUAUCCAAAAGGAGCAGACUAUUUUAAAAGGCGUUUGAAGAAUGUUUUCCUUAAAAACAAGGAUGUGAAGGACCCAGAGAAGAUCAAAGAGCUUAUUGCACGAGGAGAAUUUGUAAUGAAAGAGCUAGAGGCCUUAUACUUCCUUAGGAAAUACAGAGCUAUGAAGCAACGUUACUAUUCAGAUACCAACAACUAACCAGCCGUUGCUACCAAACCCUGGCUGACAGUCAGCGCCAGCUGUUUGUACCAACUAUUAUAAAAUGAUUCCAUUCACACUGUCACAGUACGUUUAAAAACCCAGAGGUGCCCUAAUGCAUUAAAAUGUGUCAGCCUCAUCGAUACCGAGCUCUACUCAUAAUCCUUCAUGCUCAAAUUUUAUUAACACAGCAGCACCUUUGUACGUUUAGCACCUUUCAUGAGAAUACAAUUUUUCAAGAAAAUAUACCUAAUUUUCUAUUGUUAUAGCGAAUUAUUCUUAGUCGAUUUACUAAUGAGACUAUCAUCAGCAAAUGGUGUCUAGCAAGCAUAUUACCCUUUAGCUUGUGAGCAUUUGUGAUUUCCCCCCAUCUAGUAUAGAGAAGUACAUAUUCAAGGCUGUCUACAAAUACCUCCUCAAAAUGAUUUGAAUGCAGUUAUCAAAUUAAGACAUAUCAAGGUGACUGAGCUUGAGGAUGCUCAGCAAGCAGGUAACUGGCAUUAUGUAGCCAUUAUUUCCAAUAUUUGUGCUGCUAGCUCCCCUUAAGCCCCAAAUCCCCUGUCCAGCUUGGACUAGCUUUCAUGAGGAGUGGUAAGGUUCCUGUUUCCGCCAUCAGAGCAAAUACACUUUUUGUCUACCUGUAACCUUGCUAGUGUGGAGUGACCUACCUGAACAGGACGCAUGUUUAAGCAAACACUUUAACGUUUAUAUAAUAAUAAUCUUAGCAACUUUAUAAAUAAAGAACUUUCCAAAUUAAA